AUGUCAAACUAUCAAAUUCCGCGAGCAAAAAAAAUCCAAAAUCGCUUUAAAAAUGGCAGAGAAUUUCGUUUCUUUCCAGAAGAACCUUGCAGUUUUGCGGAUUUUCUUGGUGGCACCGAGUCCACUGUUUCGCAAGAUGGAGAAGCAUUUUCUCGUGUCGUGAACUUUUUCAGAGACAUUAUCACCAAAGUCGAAAUACAAGAAAGGAUGGAACAUUUUGCACUGGUAGUGACCCAAGAUCGAGAAAAAGGUUUUGUGGUUACGGUUAUAGAAGUACAUAGAAAACCUCCACGAAAAGUAUUAAAUUGUCUUUCAUGCGACACGGAAUCUGAAACAAAUAAAGUUUCACGGCUGGAAUAUUCAUUUACCAAAAGCGUCACUACCACUAUCACCUCAACUACACGAAAUAUGUUUAUAGUCACGCCAGUUCGUCAUGUUGAGCGUCUUUCAGAAUGUACCGAUGAGGAAAUAUUUGAGAUGUUUCAUUUUGCUGUUCAACUAAUUGGCGAAGAAAUGAAAUUAUCAAAUCCUCCUUGGGAAGGAGUACAAUUCGAAAAAAUGACAUUGAAUCACGGAAAUGCGAGGAACCUUGAACAUCUCCAUUUAAAAGUCAGGAUUGUGAAAAGUCAAUUUGAUUGGUUUAAAAAACAUGGAUGGGAUGAGGACAAGAAAGAAAGAUUUAGACAGUUCAACUGCAAUGAUACCCAAGACUUGUGA